GUUUUCGCGGCAUAUAGAAAUUGUAAACCGCGACAAUACAAGUGUUUCUCAGUGCGCUGAAUCUCUGUUCCACGUGCGUGUAUUAAUUUAGCACAAAGAAGAGAGUUAAUCAAAGAAGGCAUCUACGCUAUUAAAAUUCUGAGGUAAAUUAUUAUUUCAUUGGAUACAUAACCUCAAAAUGCCGGAACAAAUGGAAACUCAGCCAGCGGAGGUGGAGACCUUCGCCUUCCAGGCGGAGAUCGCCCAGCUCAUGUCACUCAUCAUCAACACAUUCUACUCCAACAAAGAAAUCUUCCUACGAGAAUUGAUUUCCAACUCGUCCGACGCCCUGGACAAGAUCCGCUACGAGUCCCUCACCGACCCCUCGAAGCUCGACAGCGGCAAGGAGCUGUACAUCAAGAUCAUCCCCAACAAGAGCGAGGGCACGCUGACUAUCAUCGACACAGGUAUCGGCAUGACCAAGGCCGAUCUAGUCAACAACCUGGGUACCAUCGCCAAGUCCGGCACGAAGGCCUUCAUGGAGGCCCUCCAGGCGGGCGCCGACAUCAGCAUGAUCGGUCAGUUCGGCGUGGGCUUCUACUCCUGCUACCUGGUCGCCGACCGAGUGACCGUGCACUCCAAGCACAACGACGACGAGCAGUAUAUGUGGGAGUCGGCCGCCGGGGGCUCGUUCACGGUACGCCCCGACCCCGGCGAGCCCCUCGGCCGCGGCACCAAGAUCGUGCUGCACGUGAAGGAGGACCUGGCCGAGUUCAUGGAGGAGCACAAGAUUAAGGAGAUCGUCAAGAAGCACUCCCAGUUCAUCGGCUACCCCAUCAAGCUGAUGGUCGAGAAGGAGCGCGAAAAGGAGCUGUCGGACGAUGAGGCCGAGGAGGAGAAGAAGGAGGAGGAGAAGGAGGACGACAAGCCCAAGAUCGAGGACGUCGGCGAAGACGAGGACGAGGACAGCAAGGACAAGAAGAAGAAGAAGAAGACAAUUAAGGAGAAGUACACCGAGGACGAGGAGCUCAACAAGACCAAGCCCAUCUGGACCCGCAACGCCGACGACAUCACCCAGGAGGAGUACGGCGACUUCUACAAGUCCCUCACCAACGACUGGGAGGACCACCUGGCCGUCAAGCACUUCAGCGUGGAGGGUCAGCUCGAGUUCCGCGCCCUCCUGUUCGUACCCCGCCGGGCGCCCUUCGAUCUCUUCGAGAACAAGAAGCGCAAGAACAACAUUAAACUGUACGUCAGGAGGGUGUUCAUCAUGGACAACUGCGAUGACCUGAUCCCCGAGUACCUGAACUUCAUCAAAGGUGUUGUAGACAGCGAGGACCUGCCUCUAAACAUCUCUCGUGAGAUGCUUCAGCAGAACAAGAUUCUUAAGGUCAUCAGAAAGAACUUGGUCAAGAAAUGCAUUGAACUGUUCGAGGAGCUCGCCGAGGACAAAGAGAACUAUAAGAAGUACUACGAACAGUUCAGCAAGAACUUGAAAUUGGGCAUCCACGAAGACUCGCAGAACCGCACCAAGCUGGCUGACCUGCUCCGCUACCACACAUCUGCUUCCGGAGAUGAGGUAUGCUCCCUCAAAGAAUAUGUAUCUCGCAUGAAGGACAACCAGAAGCACAUCUACUACAUUACUGGUGAAAACAGGGAUCAAGUAGCCAACUCAUCGUUCGUUGAGAGGGUCAAGAAGCGUGGCUACGAAGUUAUCUACAUGACCGAGCCUAUUGAUGAGUACGUAGUACAACAGAUGAGGGAGUAUGAUGGCAAGAAUCUAGUCUCAGUCACCAAGGAGGGUCUGGAGCUGCCCGAGGAUGAGGAAGAGAAGAAAAAGCGCGAGGAGGACAAAGUCAAAUUCGAGAAUCUCUGCAAAGUCAUGAAGAACAUUCUCGACAGUAAAGUUGAAAAGGUUGUCGUCUCAAACAGGCUAGUCGAGUCCCCAUGCUGUAUUGUCACAGCUCAGUACGGUUGGUCAGCUAACAUGGAGCGUAUCAUGAAGGCCCAGGCUCUCCGAGACACCUCCACGAUGGGCUACAUGGCUGCCAAGAAGCACCUCGAGAUCAACCCCGACCACUCGAUCGUUGAGACCCUCAGACAGAAGGCCGAGGCUGACAAGAACGACAAGGCAGUGAAGGACCUAGUCAUCCUCCUAUAUGAGACUGCUCUGCUCUCAUCUGGCUUCACCCUCGAUGAGCCCCAGGUCCACGCAUCUAGGAUUUACAGAAUGAUCAAGCUCGGUCUCGGCAUUGAUGAGGACGAGCCCAUCCAAGCAGAGGAGACCAGUGCCAGCGAUGUUCCCCCGCUAGAGGGAGAUGCUGAUGAUGCGUCCCGCAUGGAGGAGGUCGACUAAACAAUCCGCCUAUGAAUUUUGAAUGUGCAUUGAGUGUGCAGCCAAAGACUGAUUUAGUUGAAUUCCAUGUUAACUUGUGUAUGUACUGUAAAAGAAAAUUAUUUAUUUUGCAGUAUAUUUUAAGUUGUAUGAUUGUGUUGUAACAAUUCCAUAAAUAAUAUCAUCAUAAGAUAUUUUUUGUUCCAAAAAUAAAAAUACCUUUAUGCCAAA